UCUCAGAACCUUAGCAAACAACGAAUUCAGAUGGUGGAUAGCCGUUGCCACCCACAGAAUUGGUAGCAUAAGUAAGCUGGACCAUCCUCGGUUUGCUUCUCCAAAUAAGUACCUAGACAUCAAAGAAGAGAAACGAGCGAAGCCACAGAAUCCUCGUUAUUUUGGUGGUCUCUGCCUUCUGCACCAGCCAUGGAAGUCCCAGAUUGGCUUCGAGGCGUCUUUCUCAUCCUAACACUUCUAUCUUUCGAGCCACAAAUCGCCCGCAUUUAUCAUCGCCGCGAUAGUACAGGCAUCUCCCUCUAUUACGUCCUCUUCAACCUCAUCAUCGCCACCGAGCUCUUCACAAUCUCCUUCUUCCACCUAGUCAACAACCGCUGCGAGGGAUCUGACUCGUUCAUACACGAUCCGCCCAACCUGGGUGAUCUCCUCAACCUCGCUCAUUUCACGGCUGUGUGGAUUGCCUGGAUCAUAAUACUACUUCUAGCCAUCGUUUACUCCCCAAUCGCCAGAGACACAUCGAACAUCAUGUUAAUAUACAUCUCCUUCCUCACCAUCUCCCUCAUCCCCCUCUUCCUCGACGCCCUCUUCGCCGACACCACCGACCCUUACCACAAAUGGGUUCUGGGUUUCUUCUCAUCGAUACACAUGAUGUUCAUCAACCCCGGUGUCUUCUUCCUUUGCUUCUUCGCCAUGAGGGCCCAAGCCCGCGAGAUCAUCCGCCACAGACAUGAAGACAGUGCGCUGAGCUUGCUCGGGCUGGCGGUGCAGGCUGUCUUGUUUGCCGUGCUUUCGGUGACUUGGUCGGGGCGGCUGGUGUUUCAGUGGGACAAGAUCCCGGAUGGGAAUUUGUUGAACUGGAGAGUGUUUGUCUUUUGGUUUCAGGCUGUUGGGUUUGUCGUGUAUGAUUAUGCUGUUUUUGCGAUUGGGCAGGGGGUGUUGCUUGCGCUGGCGCUGAGGCAUCUGGAUGUGGCGUUGACGGGGGGGAGUCUGUGGCGGGUGAUCUUCUUGGAGACAGAUGGGGAGGGGUAUGAGGAUGGGGUUGUUGGUGCGGAGGAGGAGAGGAGGCCAUUGUUGGGUUGAAGAGUAAGGUAAUGUCAUCGUGGUGACGAGUGGUUACUGAGGGCAUGUUAUAGACCUGGUUACCUACCUGACUUGCAGGGAAGGACCUCAUUUAGACACUAAUUAAAGUUGAAUAUUAGUUGAUC